AUGCUUAGGAGGCGCCUGGCGAGGCUGCAGGCCGAUCCGCGAGAGCAACCCAUCGACGGGUAUACGCGCAGGCCCACACUCCCUGAGAACCAUAGGCACAGCAUUGCCGCGCCGUAUUCGUCGAACCUGAUCGAUCUGAACGACGAAUAUGACGAGCCUCAGCAGUCCCAGAGCCCGCCCCCUGUGCCCCCUAAGAUUCCCGAAAUACCGGCUUUCGAGAGACAAGAGCAGGUCCGGGAGAAGGAGGGUCCCGAGAAGUACACCAAGCCGUUCACCGACUUCAUGACUGCAAACCCGACUGUAUUCCACGCUGUAGACGCUGUUGCGAAGGAUCUGGAGAAGGCGGGCUACAAGAAGCUGUCGGAGCGCAAAGACUGGGACCUGAAGCAAGGCGGGAAAUACUAUCUUGAUCGCAAUGGCUCCUCGAUCAUUGCCUUCUCCGUUGGCGACGAUUACGCGGCUGGGAACGGAGCCGCCAUCGUGGCAGGACACAUCGAUGCGAUCACGGCGAAGCUGAAGCCUAUCUCCAACCUGCGCACCAAAGCAGGCUACGUACAGCUUGGGGUGGCACCGUACGCUGGAGGUCUGAACGAGACAUGGUGGGAUCGCGAUCUCGGCAUCGGUGGCCGCGUCCUGGUCAAGGAGAAUGGCAAGAUCGUUACAAAGUUGGUGAAGCUGGACUGGCCCAUUGCCCGUGUGCCUACUCUAGCACCACACUUCGGUGCUGCAGCUCAAGGACCGUUCAAUAAGGAGACGCAGAUGGUACCUAUCGUGGGCAUUGACAACUCAGAUCUUGGCAGCUCAGCACAGGCUGACCAAGAGGGAGCGUUCAAGUCCAGUAGUCUAAGUGAGGGUACAUUCGCGGCAACCCAACCGGAGAGGCUUGUCAAAGCAAUCAGCGAGGAGCUCGGUGUCCGAGACUACUCGACCAUCGUCAACUGGGAACUCGAGCUCUUCGACAUCCAGCCCGCUCAGCUCGGUGGCCUAGGCAAAGAGUUCAUCUUCGCUGGCCGCAUCGACGACAAGCUCUGCUCCUGGGCCGCCAUUCAGGCCCUCCUCAACACCUCGACUGCAUCCUCUUCGCAAAUCAAGCUUGUGGCCCUCUUCGACGACGAAGAAGUCGGCUCGCUCCUCCGCCAAGGCGCCCGCGGAAACUUCCUUCCUACCGUUGUCGAGCGUAUCGUCGAUUGCUUCGCCGACAAGUCCGUCCGCAGCCUCGUCUCCCGCACCUAUGCGAACUCCUUCCUCGUCUCCUCCGACGUCAUCCACGCCGUGAACCCUAACUUCCUCAACGCUUACCUUGAGAACCACUCCCCGCGUCUCAACGUCGGUCCUGCUAUUUCCGCGGAUCCCAAUGCGCACAUGACUACAGAUGCUGUCUCGACGGCUAUCCUCCAGCGCUGCGUCGACCGCGAUAUCGGCACCCGCAAGCAAGAUCCUAAGUUGCAGGUCUUUCAGAUCAGGAACGAUAGCCGGAGUGGAGGUACCGUGGGUCCGAUGUUGAGUGCGGCGACAGGUAUUAGGGCGAUUGAUUGCGGCAUUCCGCAGUUGAGUAUGCACAGCAUUAGGGCGACGACGGGAAGUUUGGAUCCCGGACUGGGUGUGUUUGCAUUCCAGAGUUUCUUGGAGAGAUUUGAGAGUGUGGAUGCGGAGUUUAAGGAGUAG